AUGGAGAAACACAUCGAGGAUAUCUUAAGAAAAAUCUCAUUCGGAGCAAUAACUGUUGCAACAAUUACUCUAGUAAUGAUGAUCCUCCGAACCCCUGAAACUUGCAUCGUCGAGAAGAAACCCAUGGUCAAAUUCCCCAAAUCAUCUUGCGACUCAUCGCACCGUCAACACCUCCCACUCGAAAAAAAGAACCAACGUCUCUGGUCCUCCAAGUCAUGGAACCAACAAGUACGCGCCCACAUGCUACACUUUCAACAACUCCAACGCCUCAACCUUCUCUUUAACCACUCCAAAGUCCUCUGCGUUUCUGCCGGUGCUGGCCACGAGGUCAUGGCUUUGAACAGACUCGGAGUGGCUGAUGUCACUGGUGUCGAGCUGAUGGAUUCGUUGCCUUUAGUCAGCAGGGCCGACCCGCAUAAUUUGCCUUUUUUUGAUGAGGUGUUUGACUUGGCGUUCACGGCGCAUUUGACAGAGGCGUUGUUUCCAUCACGGUUUGCUAGCGAGAUGGAGAGGACGGUUAAGAAUGAUGGGUUGUGUGUGGUUCUUGUGGAGCAAUGCGGGGUUCAAGAGCUGAAGGAGAUCGUGGGUUUGUUUAGAAAGUCGAGGUUAAUUGAUGCAGUUAAUAUUACGUUUAUUGGGUCUAAUGUAACUCGGAUUUUAAUGAGAACAACUAGAGUUUCUGCUUGA